AUGCGCCUGCCUCACCCUUCUUAUGGCGUGGGAGAUGCUUUUGCUUUUGACGACAAUUAUCUGAAGAAGAAACGAGAUGCUGAGAGAAUUUCAAAGUUAGAGGAAGAUGAAAAGAACAGAGUAGAAACCAGGAAGAGGAAAUUUUUUGCAGAAAUAUCUAAUGCAUCUCGUGAACUGCAGUUACAAGCAACAGCCUCUCAGAAACGUCGAAGGCAACACAAUGAUGGUGUUCAUGCAUGGCAUGCAAGGCAAAGGCAACGUGCUAGUCGACAAGAAAAAUUGAGGUUUCAAGCUUUGAAGUCAGAUGACCGAGAAGCCUAUAUGAAAAUGGUUGAGGAAAGCAAGAAUGAACGGCUAACAUUGCUUUUAGGGAAAACAAAUGAUCUGCUUGUCAGAUUAGGAGCUGCUGUUCGACGUCAAAAAGAUGCCGAGCAUGAUGGUAUUGAACCUUUGAAGAGUCCAUUAGCAAACUUACCUGAUACAUCCGCUACAGGGAUUGUGGAAUCAGUUUCUGAUGAGGAGGAUGAUUUAGUCGUGGUUGAUGACAACGGAGUAAAGACAUCUGAUUUACUUGAAGGUCAGCGACAAUAUAAUUCAGCCAUCCAUUUGGUUCAGGAAAAGGUAUCAUCCAUAUAUAUUUAUUGAAUAGCAAAGUAUGUUGUAUUAAUGAAACCAAGGGCUGCCAAGGCUACCAGGUAAAGUCAUGAUUGAAAGGGGGUACAUUGUUUGAAAAAGUUUAAUCCAAAAAAGUUUCUAACAAGAUAUAAAUAUCAUAAGUUAUAGUUACCCGUCUUUUUCCAAGAAUGAACUAAGAUUCUGAGGGUUUGUUAUCCAGGUAGACUAAUUUUUGAACUGGUUAUGACUCCUUGCUUUAAUUCAGUGAAACGCCAUUUGUUGAAUGCAAGGAAACGGGUCUUUGUUGCGAAUCAUAAGAACAUCAUCAGGCUAUGCAUUUUCCCCAUAAGAACCUCAUUAUAUUUUUUGACUGUCCCAUAAUAUUUUCCCUAUCCCUAAUGUUCUAUAUAAAACCUUUGAUGGACUGCAAAUUCUCAUAUGGUAUGUUUGGUAGCAAGCUUUUAGGAGCUUCAAGCUUUAAGCUCUGAAGUGAAGUUCUUACCCAUUAAAAAGCCUUGUUUGGUUAGAAGAGUUUGAAGCUUUUAGGUGGGAGAAAAAGCUCCAAAGCUGGAACACCGAACACUACAUAUGCUAGCGUUUGAGAUAAGCUUGAAGCUGUUAAUGUCUAACAUUACUUAGAUACCUUUUCUGUUUUAUGGCUGCUUUGGUAAUAGAAUAAAGCAGAUGUGUAUGUAGGAUCUAUAUCUGUAUAGGUGGGCGACUGCAAUAUGCAAUUAUCCAAUACCUCUGCUCUUUUUUUGUUUUUCAUUUUUUUGGUAUUAAGAA